CUCUUUUUUUAUUAUUAUUAUUUUUUAAAAAAAAAAUAAUUUCUCCUAAAAAUAUAUAAUAAUAAUUAAUAAAUAAAUAAAUAAAAACCCAAUAAUAUCAUCAAGCUUAGCUUUUUCCUUCACAAUCGUCCACUUUCUCAUAAUCCAAUUUCCUCUCCUUUCCCGGAGUAACCUCUUCCCCUCUCUCUCAAUUUUUCUUCUCUUCUCUCUCAUACCCAGAAAUUUUUUCCGAGAAAAAUUCAACCUUUAUUUAGUUUCAUCCGAGAAAAAUCAAUCCCUGUUCUUAACCCAGAUCCAAAGAUCGAACCUUUAAAGCGUUUUUCAUGUUUAUAAUUUCUUAGCCUUCAUAAUCGCAGGCGAUAGAUUUUCAUUGUUGGAUUUGAAAAUCCUGUUUUGUACUGUGUCUAUUCUUUGCCCAAACAGAAAUUUUUUCUCUGAAUAAUUUUCCUUUCAGAAAAAAUAAUCCUUUUUUCUUUCUCUUGCCUUUUUUGAUAGUCAGAAACCUUUUUUAGGGUUCGAUUGUUAAUGGGUUGUGUUUAGAUUAUCAAUAUAGCGUGCCAUAUUUUUAUUCUUAGGAAUUACAUACCUUUAAGCAUUUUUAUUUUUAGCUUUGAUUCAGAGGAUAUAGGUUUUGAAUCAUUGGGUUUGUGGUGAAAAUUUGAUGGAUCUGAGAUUGUAUUGCUAACUUAAAUAUUAGCUUAAAGAUUAGAAAUAAUAUCCAGAUGGGGAAUGAUCUUUUUGGUUGAAGGGAAGCUAGUUUUGGAUCAUAGUUUUGGUUGUUCUGAAUUGGGAUUGUGUUGAAAUUGAAACUCAAGAAAGGUGAAGUGGGAUUUUGAGUUUCUUUUUGUAUAUACAUAUAUAUUUUCAUUUGGGGAUUUAGAUCAUGGAGCAUGUUAUUGGGGGAAAGUUUAAGCUGGGAAGGAAGAUCGGGAGUGGAUCUUUUGGUGAACUUUAUUUGGGAAUUAAUGUACAAACCGGAGAAGAAGUGGCUGUCAAGCUUGAAUCAGUGAAGACUAAGCAUCCUCAAUUGCACUAUGAGUCAAAGUUGUACAUGCUUCUUCAAGGAGGAACGGGUAUCCCCCAUCUCAAAUGGUUUGGAGUUGAGGGUGAAUACAAUGUCAUGGUUAUUGAUCUUCUUGGGCCAAGCCUUGAAGACCUUUUCAAUUAUUGCAACCGGAAAUUCACGUUGAAGACUGUGUUAAUGCUUGCAGAUCAGUUAAUAAACAGGGUUGAGUACAUGCACUCACGUGGUUUUCUUCACCGUGAUAUUAAGCCUGACAACUUUUUAAUGGGUUUGGGGCGCAAAGCUAACCAGGUAUAUAUCAUAGAUUAUGGUCUUGCAAAAAAGUAUAGGGAUCUUCAGACGCACAAGCACAUUCCAUACAGGGAAAACAAGAAUCUCACAGGAACCGCUCGUUAUGCAAGUGUUAACACUCACCUCGGAGUUGAGCAAAGCAGAAGAGAUGAUUUGGAGUCUCUUGGUUAUGUGCUCAUGUAUUUUUUGAGGGGAAGUCUUCCCUGGCAGGGAUUAAAAGCAGGUACGAAAAAACAGAAAUAUGACAAGAUCAGUGAAAAGAAGAUGCUUACUCCCAUUGAGGUUCUUUGUAAAUCAUAUCCCUCAGAAUUUACAUCGUACUUCCAUUAUUGUCGGUCAUUGCGGUUUGAAGACAAACCAGACUACUCGUACCUGAAGAGGCUUUUCAGAGACUUAUUUAUUCGAGAAGGGUAUCAGUUUGACUAUGUAUUUGAUUGGACUAUACUGAAAUAUCCACAGAUCGGGUCUAGUUCAAGAUCUCGACAACCAAGCGGGAAACCGGUUCUAAAUCCUGGACCAUCUGCAGAGAGGCCUUCAGUGGGACAGGAGAUCCGAGAAAGAUUCUCUGGUGCGGUUGAGGCUUUUGCAAGAAGGAAUAACUCUGGGCAUGGUUUGCAUGGAGACCAUUCUAGACACAGAUCUUCAGAUGAUGCGCCAUCAUCAAAAGAUGUGCAGAAACAUGAUUCUGAAAGGGCUAGGAGUUCUUCCCGGAAUGGUAGUGCUUCAAAGAGACCUGUUUUAUCAAGUAGCCGACCAAGCUCCUCUGGCGAGCCUAGUGAGAAUCGUUCAAGUCGGUUAGUCUCAAGCAGCGGUCGCCUGUCAACAACUCAAAGAAUUCAACCCGGGUUAGAGUCCAAAACCACUUCUUUCAGCCGCAAUUCUGCAGCAGGCACAAGAGGCAGUCGUGACGAUACUCUUAGAAGCUUCGAGCUCCUAUCGAUCGGCACAGGAAAGAGGAAAUAAAUAAAAACAAAAACAAGUAAAGAAAUUGUGUCAAAGUUUGAAGAUUCCAGUUAGAGCUGAACAGAACCAGAGCAACCAAAGCAAAGAUGUUGUUUUUCAUCUGCAACAAAACAAGAAAUGGUGGUUGUUGGUCAGUAAAGUCUGUAUAUGUGUAUCCAUUGUUGGGUUCCAUUCACAGAUUUUUUUUUUAAUUCUCUUAUUAAAAAAACAUUGAAUGAAGUUUCUCUCUCCUUGAGACAAAAAAGUCUUGUUCUAUUUUAAGUAACAACACUACUUUUUCUUCUUCUUCUUCUUCUAUAUAUAUAUAUUAAUAGUAAGUAAUCCAAAGUAAGAGAUGGAAUUAUCUCUGACUAAAAGGGAAUUGUUUAUAAUCUUCUGAGACACAACUGGUAGCUGUACUAAUGAUGACAAUGAGUACCACCACCUUUAUUUUUGAGUUUUUUAAUAUUUCAGAUUAAGAAACAAAAAAGAUGGUUACUUUGCUUCAA